AUGUCUGUCUUCCACAGAAAGCAUUCCGGAUCAUCCAAAAAUCUACCUGUGUUGUUAUCGUCUGAGGGACCAUCUAACUUUCACGCAGAUGGUCUACCUGACUUGGUUCAAGAUCAGGUGCACGGGAUUGCAAAUGAGGUUCACGAAGUUGUUAACGGUAAGAAAGCCACAAUCCCCUCCAAGACUAUCGAUCAUUUUAGAUCUUACCCCUUGGUGCAACAAACCCGCUCUUUCCUUCACCAAAUUCCGGUAGCCAGAGUUGUUCUCAGCAAUACUAAACCAAUGGUCAAACAAGUUUUAGAAUCCAAGCCACUGCAAUUGGCACUACCUGUCACCAAUGCCGUUGACAGUGUCGCUAACUUGGGUUUAAAUUUGACGGAAAAGAUUAUUCCAUCUUUGAAAACUAAAACGUAUCAAAGAUUAGGUGAAGAAGCAAUGAUUCCAUAUCACUUUACUGCCAAAUAUGGUAAAAUUGCAACGGAUCAAACUUUUGCCAUUGUUGAAAAGAAUGUUUAUAAUCCGGCUCAUAGUCAAGUUCUGAAAUUUAGAAAAUAUUACAAUGAGAAAUUUUACGACACAAAAGGCAAACCAUUAGUGAGAAGUACUUUUGAUCCUGUUACGGCGCCCGUCAAUAAUGUUUUUGAGAAGUUAACUAUCAAAUAUUUCCCAAAUGGCAAAGAUGUUCCAAAAGAAGGCUACUCAAGUGAAUUGAACAGGAGUUUAGCGCUAUUCAUCAAUUUCGUUAGUAGAACGGCACCAAUAGUUGAGCAAAACGUUUUGACCAUAACAAUGUUGCCCUGUAACUAUGCCAAACACGUAAAUGAUGUUUUUAACAAAAGUUUGGACAAGCAGCCCCAAAUGACACUGAAGUACUCUUGGACCGCAUCAAAGGAUGCUGUUAAACAAUUAGAAAGAGAAAUGAUCAGAUACGUUAAAGGCAAAUCACCAACAAAAAUGCUCAAAAGGUCAAAAAAUACGAUACAAGAAAAUGUUGAACAGGUCGAAAAUGAAAUUCAAGCUCAGGUAGCAUAA